GUGGGGGGCGAAUAGGAUGUCUCAAUAAUUGUAGGCUAAUAUAACUAGGCUUACAUAGCUAGGCUAAAAAUUCGUUUUUGCACUUUGCAUGUUAAAACGUUUACUUUAACUAAACGUAUUGAGCUUCUUCGUAAAGCUAUUUUGAUCGAGAUUCAUCGCAUUUCGGAGUCUGAUUUUGGGGGUUAGAAAUUUUCGAUAAUAUAAAAUAUCACCCGUGAAUGACCUAAGCUCGAUCACCAGCUGGUAUUCGGGGGGAGCUGUAAUCAAGCCUAUGAAUGACCUUGCAGAACAUCAUACAUUCCAAAUAAAAGUGCAAACACGUAAUCGUGACAUAUAGGUAUCUCCAUGCAUGUGUUACAUAUAUAUUGGUACCUUGGCGCGUGUUUUGACUGAUAAUUCGUUCAUAAACUCGCGAAAUAAGUACGUAAUUACUAUUACUUGGGUUCGGCUGAGCUGCUUGAUUCCGUUUGACGCCCCUGAGAAGAUAGCGUCUAUAUACAGUAAUUACCAAUGUGUUUGAGUAUUUGACUUGCUAAGAUACUCGUUAUUCUGUCUUCAAAUUAAUAGUUGCAAGUUGGAUUAUUUUCACCUGUAUCCAUGGAAAAGUGAACUGCACCCUCAUGGAAUGGAGAAAUGUGAAACAACUGAAUACAACGAACUAGAAAAAUAUGGAAAUGCAACCGUGGAAUUUAAACCAAAAAUACUACUCGACGCACUCAGGGAAGUGUUUCUUCAACCGGGAAUGGAAAGCUCAAAUAGCUUAUGUGUCCUUAAUUUCAACAUGCACCUUGCAAGAAUGUUGCCUUUUGCUCAGUUUAAAGAUUUCGUUGGAAACCUCACGCACUUGCUGAAAAACAGAAAGAAAUUAUUAGGAAGCAAAGCAAGAGUGGUCUGGAGGACUACAACAGCUUUGAACUACAGAGGAAUUUUCAAUCGAGCAUGGACCUCGAAAUAUCUGACGAGUGAUGUGAGUGUAUAUAUCAUAUUUCAACUUCAAAUAUGCCACAAUGAGAAAACCGCGUGUAUUCUACGUGACAAGUCAUUUUUGACUCUAUUUACACCAGCUUUCAAUUUCCGAGUGCGAUGUCUGACAAAGAAAAUAUAUCCGCAUUUAUUAUAUUCAUUUUGAAAUUAGUGGUGUUUCCUGCAAUCUGAUUGGUUCACAGGAGUGCGACUUCAGCUCAAAUCGCACUCCUAUAGCAGUGCGAUUCGUGCUGAAAUCGCACCUUCUUUUAACCAAUCACAUUAUAGAGUGCUGACUUCAGUCAACCAAUCAUAUUUAAUCAUAGGAUGCAAACAGCCAAUCGAUUUUAAGAAAAAUGUGAUUUGGCAAAUGGGCAUAAACAAAAAAUGUAGAUACAUAUGUCUUAUUCUUGACUGCCUAAGCAAUUUUUUGCACAUAAAACAGGCAAUAAAUAUGGAUAGCUACAGUAAACUAUCAUAUCAAAAACUGCAAAGAGUUUUCUAUUUUUUUGAAAUUUCACAAAUAGUUAACAGGCAAAUUAAGAACAUAAUCUUCUAUCAAACAUGGUCAAAAUUAAAAAAAAAAAGCAAAUUUAAAGCGCCAAUUGUGGAGCCCAAUUGUGGACUGAAAUCAAACUUGUGAUUACAAAUCGCACUCCCGUUCCGCGGUACGUCUUGCGAUUCUGUAAUCAUGCGUUUCGGAUUUCAGUCCAAAUUGCACUCCACUCAUUUCAAUUACCAUUAUACGCAGAACAAGUUAAAAUCUAGGCCGACUGAGAAAAUGACAAGUACACAGACAAGCCGAAAUCUAAAGUAUUGAUACGUAUUUUCUUUCAGCGUGUACUCCUUUUUGACGCCUAUGCCUUAUCAGAAAUGUGCAAAUCGGAGAUUGAUGUGUUAGACUGCUACCCAAUGAGUAUGGCAACUCCUCUAGCCACGGAUAGAGUACAUUUUAAAACAGGAAUAUUUUUUAAAGCUAUGGAUGCACUAACCUGGUAUUCGCUUGCGGGAGGACUAGACCCACCUAGGACUACAAAACUGUGUCUGGCACCAUGAGAAUGUAGGCAUAACUUUAGAAACACAUCUAAUUCAUGGUUUUAAAAUUUAAAUAUACAUUAGAUAAGUAAAACCAUAUUGGUGUCAUAUCAAGUUUAGACGCAACUGUAGUUCCCUAAGUUACCUAUGAAAUCUUUGAAAUGUGUAGUGGGAAAUAUAAUCAUGCAUACGGAGGCCCGCGGUAGUAGUAAUGUAGGUACCGUUCGGGCAUUUUUUUAGGGCGAGGUAAUUAAUAUUCAGGGUGAGGUAAUUAAAUAUUCAGUAAAUGAUGGUGAGGUAAUUACUAAUUAAUAUUCAGAAAAAU